GGCAAAUACUGUGCUUUGUAAAACAGCUCAGUACUCUCUCUCUCUCUCUCUCUCUCUCUCUCUUUCUUUCUUUCUUUCUUUCUCCAUUUCUCAUUAGAGCUGUGAUUUAUUUUUUCCCUUUUCCUAUUUUUGGUUUUAUGAAGCUAAGUACUGGCAGAUUUUGAAGAUAAAUACCAUCUUUUACUAAUAAUGGCAGGGGAUUGUUGAUUCUGAUAAGCAAAGUCUUUAGCUUUCUGUAUUUUUCCUUUCUCAUUUUUUUCAAGAUUUGGGUGGCAGAGGAUUUGCGUCAGAAGAAAGAGAGGGGCAAAUGGGGAAGCUUUUUUGGGUUUUAGUUGCAUUAGUCUCUGUUUAUGGGAAAUGGGUGGAUGGGUUUUUUGAAUUCAAUGAAACUGAGAUAUUUUACACGGGAGCUGAUAAAGCUUAUGGUUAUUUUAACGAAUCUAAACCCAUUAACAAUGCUCUUAUGGUAGGACUCACUCUGAUUCAAGGAGCUGGUGCAAGAGGAGCAGUCUGUUUGGAUGGAACAUUGCCUGGAUACCAUUGGCAUAGAGGAUACGGUUCAGGAGCUAAUAGCUGGCUCAUUCAGUUGGAGGGAGGAGGUUGGUGCAAUAACAUUAGAAAUUGUGUUUAUCGAAAAACAACCCGCCGUGGUUCAUCUAGAUACAUGGAGAAGCUGGUGCCUUUUACAGGAAUUUUAAGCAAUAGGCCUCAAGAUAAUCCUGAUUUUUUCAACUGGAACAGAGUAAAACUCCGUUACUGUGAUGGUGCCUCGUUUGCUGGGGAUAGUGAAAAUAAGGCUGCACAACUGCAAUUUAGAGGACAACGUAUAUGGUCAGCUGCGAUGGAAGAUUUAAUGUCAAAGGGAAUGCGAUAUGCUAACCAGGCUCUUCUAUCUGGGUGCUCCGCAGGUGGUUUGGCUUCUAUUUUACACUGUGAUGAGUUUAGGAACUUGUUUCCAAGAACAAGUAGAGUGAAGUGCCUAAGUGAUGCUGGUUUAUUCCUUGAUGCAGUUGAUAUAUCUGGUGGCCACACGUUAAGAAAUAUGUACAGUGGUGUGGUGGGCUUGCAGGGGGUGCGAAACAACCUGCCACGCAUUUGCACUAACCAUCUCGAUCCAACUUCGUGCUUCUUCCCACAAAACAUAAUUGGCAACGUAAAAACCCCUUUAUUCAUUCUCAAUGCAGCCUACGAUUCAUGGCAGAUCCAAUCCAGCUUAGCUCCACCAACUGCGGAUCCCCAUGGCUAUUGGAGUGAAUGCAGAAAGAACCAUGCAAAAUGUUCCACAUCCCAAAUCCAAUUUCUACAAGGAUUCAGGAAUCAAAUGCUGCGUGCAAUAAGAGGCUUCUCAAUGUCUAGACAGAAUGGAUUGUUUAUAAAUUCAUGCUUUGCUCACUGCCAAUCAGAAAGGCAAGACACGUGGUUCGCAGAUGAUUCUCCGGUUAUUGGAAAUAAGGCCAUUGCAAUUGCAGUUGGAGAUUGGUAUUUCGAUCGCGCCGCGGUUAAGGCAAUCGACUGCGCAUACCCAUGUGACAAAACCUGCCACAAUCUGGUUUUCAGAUGAACCAAAUUAUUUUAGCAAUUGAUUUAGUUUAGAUACCACAUUAUAUAUCUUCUCAUUGUUAUUGGAAAAGAUAUGAGAGAUUCAAUGCAAUUCUACAGAAGACAAUAAGAAUGAAGGUCUUCAAGAAAUGCAAAUUUAUCCCAAGCCUUUCAACAUUGUUGUAGCACUUCUCGUGCAUUCAAGUUGCAAUUUUUUUCUUCAAUUUGUGCUGUAUUGCUACACAUAAAAGUAUGUAAUUUUUCCAAUGAUUAAUCAAUUAAGUCCAUGAGCUUUAAGCUAA